UUAAAAGUCUUAAAAUGGACAAAUUCUCUACAGAUUCAGAUACGACAAGAGCAGAGGAUUAACGUUACAUGCAAAUAAACCGAAGCGGAUAAAGUGCACACGGUACAAAGUGGCCACUGAGCGACAGUUGGUGACGUAGCUGUCUCAUCCUACGUAUUCCUUGUACGUUCAUGUGAGCUCCAGCGCGGGAACAAGUGGAGUUGCAGAUGUGAGCUCGGGUAAAAAAAGUUUUGGGGAUAUUAAACUGUCUAGCCAGACAGACAGCCAUGGAUCCCUCGGAGGUGGAGUUCCUCGCCGAGAAAGAGACGGUGAAGAUAAUACCGAACUUCAGUUUGGACAAGAUCUAUCUGAUCGGGGGGGACCUGGGUCCCUUCAACCCCGGCCUGCCUGUUGACGUUCCUGUGUGGCUGGCUCUUAACUUCAAACAGAGACAGAAGUGUAGAAUUGUUCCUCCUGCGUGGAUGGAUGUUGAGAAACUGGAGGAGAUACGAGAGCUUGAGAGGAAAGAGGACACCUUCGCGCCUGUUCCCAGUCCUUAUUACAUGGAGCUGACCAAACUGCUGCUGAACUAUGCGUCUGACAACAUCCCUAAAGCAGACGAGAUCCGCACGCUGGUCAAAGACAUUUGGGACACGCGUAUUGCCAAACUCCGCCUCUCCGCCGACAGCUUCAUCAGUCAGCUGGAGGCUCAUGCCAAGCUGGACAACCUGACCCUGAUGGAGAUCAACACCAUACGAGCGUUUCUUCUCGACUCUCUCAACUGCAUGUACAAACUACGUUCCAAUCUGCAGCCUGGUUCAAGUAAAGGACAGUUCACAGACUAUUGAUCCCCCAAGAUGGAGGCAACAGAUUUGGAUCUUGGACUGAGCAUCUGAUCAGCCUUUGACUGAGGGUUGAACUUUCUCACCAGGAUCUCAGAAGACGGAAGACAUUUAAUUCACCAGAUUUAUGUUAAUAUGUGAUUGAAGCUAACUGAGUUUUACAUUUGUUUUUGAGUGAUUUCCCCGUGCAUAUGAAAAGCCUUAAAUGUAUCUGCUGUUUGAAAUAUGUGCAUAUUUAAUGUCAUGUUGGAUGCUCACUGAAGAUUAAAAUUGCCACCAUUUUUAUGUAUGUCUGUACGUGUCACAAUAAACUUGCUUAUUUCAGGUGUAUAUACUUAAGUAGUAACAUUUAGAGAAUUCACUGUGGGCUUUUUAUUGGACAAUUUAUAGAGAAAACAAUGACUACAGUAGUAGUAACAACUGUGUGAUUCAAUUUUAGGAUGAAAUAAAUGUCUGCCUAUUAGAAUAAAAUGUCAGGUUUAGCAUACUGGGCAAUUUAAACUCCUA